AUGGAAAAACCUACAACAUCUCCAAAACAAACUACAGAAGCAAAUCGUGUCACCUUUGUUUUUCCUCCCAAAAAAUCUUCGGAAGAAUCAAGUCGGAUUCCUUCUCUAAUAUCAGUUUCUCCUGCUAAUUUCACUUUAAAACAACCACAUUAUCAUGCUCUUUAUCGUCCCUCACGGCGUGAAAAAUUAGCUGUUGAGGUUGAUAAUUGUGCUAUCGAAUAUGUUCCAAAAUUUUAUAUUUAUGAAUUUGAUUCAUGGAAGUCACUUUUCACCAGACCUUUGCCACUCCUAACACUCCUAACAAUCCUUCCUACUGUCGCCACUGCUCUUGAUCCUGUGUUCGAAGAAACUCUUAGAAGUGAAAAAUCUAUCAUCAAAAUUGGUCAAGUUACUAGUAAAGUAUUAAUCUUUUUGACAUCCAUUCUUUUUCUUAUAUUGACCGGAUCGGCCUUGUUACAUGGUGUUGAAUAUGCCUAUAUGGCUGUUGAUCUUACAUUCUUGGAUGCUGUUUUCUUUACAACUAUUAUGUUGGGCACUGUUGGUUAUCUUAGUGAAAUAGUACCUGAUAAUGCCUUCCCUAGAGUUCUUCUUUUGGUGAUGUUUACAACAGGUCUUAUAUUUAUUCCGUAUUCUAUAUCUGAAUUGAUUGCAUUAAUACGCUCAAAAUCUAUUUAUGAUAAAUCAUUCAGAACAAUAUCACAACAACCCCAUGUCAUCAUCAUUACUCCAACAAUAGAACUACCCUCAUUAAAGCAUUUUUUAAAGGAAUUUUAUUCAUUAGCACAUGGCCUUGAAACUUUCAACACAAAAUCAUUUUUAUUAGAUCCUUUAUAUGCACAUCGUGUACAAUACAUUAGGGGUAGUUCACUCGAAUCACGUAGCUUAAAAAAAGCAAAUGCAAAAAAAGCCUCUGCAUAUUUUAUUUUAGCCAAAAAAUAUACACAACAAAGUGAUACUAUUGACGCAGAAAAUGUUUUAAAAGCAAUGGCAUUAAGUAAAUACGAUGAAGGUCCUAAACUUUAUAUUCAAUGUAUCCUUCCAGAAAAUAAAGUUCAUUUUGAAAAUUUAAAUCCUGAGUUAAUAUUAUGCAUAGAUGAAUUAAAACUUGCCAUACUUGCUCAUUCAUGUCUAACUCCUGGAUUUUCAACACUUUUAUAUGGUCUUACAACCACGUUCACUUAUGAAUCAGCUUAUGAAUUAAGGGAUAUUACCAAAACAUCGGUUGGUUUGGACAAUGGCUUCAUUGAAGAUUACAUUGAGGGUAUCUCUCAAUCUAUUUACACUACAACUUUAUCAAAUUAUUUUGCUGGUUAUACAUUUCCUGCUAUUGCUGGUCGUUUAUAUGAAAGUUUAGGUGUUGUACUAUUUGCUAUUGGUAUUCCGAAACAACGUUCUCUAUUUAGACCAUCAAAUAAUACAUAUUACCAUGGUGACUGUGAGGAAGAAGAUGCUAAUAAUUAUAUGGUUUUAAUUAACCCUGGAGAUUAUAUUGUAAAAGGAGAUGAAGUUGGAUUUAUAAUUGCUUGUGAUGGUGCGCUGGCUGAAGGUGUUUCCAAUUAUGAACGACAUAAUUCGCAUGCUCGAAACAAUGAGGAUUCAUCUUUUGGGUCACAACAAAUUUUUUCAGAAAGACAUCCAUUAUUGUCAUCUGACGCGUUAAAAAAUAAUGGUGGUGGUUCAUAUUUAGGUCUUCCUACAACUUCUGAUAAAAUAUAUCACGAGUAUCCCUAUAAACCAGACUUUAAUACACGUCGUCAACGUGCACUUUCUACUCCUCUUGCUUUUGCAACAGAUCAUCACCUUGAACAUCAACAACAUCACAAGCAACACCACCAUAAUCACAGUAUAGAUCCUCCUUCCUCUUCCUCUUCAUCAAAUUCUCCUGAUAAUGAUCACAUGAAUCCAAUAUUGGAUACAAUCCAUGGACAUAUCCUCUUGUGUGAUUAUUCAACUGCAACUUUCCCACGUAAUUUGGAUUGUUUUGUUAGUCCAUUACGUAAAUCACACUUGGAUAAGUUUAAACCAAUUGUGAUUCUUUCACCAGUAAGACCUACAAAAAGUCAAUGGAAAAUUUUAAGUCAAUUUGAUCAAGUAUAUUUUGUUGAAGGAAAUCCAAUGACACGAGAAGGCCUUGAACUCGGUAGAGUUAGAUUUGCAAAUAAGGCUGUUAUAUUAACUGAUUCUACUAGAAUUUUAAAGGAUGGGGAAAAGACUGAAGACGCGCCAGCAAUGUUGGUUUACUUGAACAUUAAGGCAAUGUCUAACGAGGGGGACAUUGAUGUGAUUGUAGAGUUUGUACAUACAAAUAAUAUGAAAUUUAUAUCAGAAGACACAUCAGUUAUAGACAAGAAUAUGCAAGCACAUAAUUCACCAGCUUUUAUGGCAGGGACUUGUUUUUCUUUAUCUAUGUUGGAUAGCAUAAUAUGUCAAUCGUUUUAUCAACCACAUCUAGUUGUUAUCAUUAAUCAAUUACUUUUUGGGGCUCCUCCACUUCAUCUCCCUUCAGGUGCAACUUGUUCUGCACCUGCUCAUUCGCACAUGUUUCAAAUUCCUGUGCCCGCAAGAUUCAUAGGUUCACAAUAUGGAUCACUGUUUCAUUUCUUAUUGGGUGAGAAAAAAUCUAUUCCUUUGGGCCUAUACCGUACUAAUAAAUUAAGCGCACCAAAUGUCUAG